UCUACUAGACAGUAGAGGAGGAAAUAAACACAGAAAACACUAUGCGCAAUCAUCAGUUAAAAUUGAAGGAUAAAAAGGCCCCCGGUAUGUCAACAACGCUAGCUGAUAUGAUUGUAACAGACGUGUACAUUGCGUGGACUACCACGAGCCAAUCGAGUCAUUUUCCAUAUGAUACGAAAGAUUGUGUUGUGGUAUCCAUGGCAUUUUAACUCUGUUGUUCGAAACGUUGCUACCAGACGUGGUCAGACUAGAAAUAGCUGUACCCUGUAAUUGUUACAUUUAACCAAAUAAAAACAAUAAGACGUUCCUUAAGCUUCUUUCACAUAAUGAACAACUUAGGUAAAAUAAUAUCGAGGAAAUUUCCUCCUAAACAACCCAUGAGCAGCAAAAAUGCAUGGGAUAUAGGAGAUGAAGAUUUUGAGGCUUUGGGGUCAGGAGACCCCUGCUACGAUGAGCUGAACGAAGCUGAUGUGAUUCCUGAGAAAGAAAGAGGGGGAUGUUGGUAUGACUUGACGCGGACUAUCGGAGGCUGUUGGAGCACACGCCAGAUGAAAAAAGAAAAUUCUGACAGGGAGUGGUACAUCAGAACAACAUUAAGGGAGUUGUUUAUUUACAGCAUAUUUGUCGCCAUUCUUGUCAUCUGUAAGUUUUUUAUAUUUUCUAAAUAUCUAUGCUAUUAUA